AUGGCUUCAAUCCCACCCCCUCCGCCUCCAGGAUGGAGUGCUGGGCCACCUCCCCCUCCACCUGGCAUGGCUCCUCCGCCAGGAUAUCGACCUCCCGUCGACCCGCAAGUAGCAAAGUUCGCACAGAAAAAGAAGGAAUGGCUUCGUACGCAGCGGAAUCGAUUCGGCGAGAAACGCAAGGGCGGCUUCGUGGAGACGCAGAAGGCGGAUAUGCCUCCGGAGCAUCUGCGCAAAAUCGUCAAGGAUAUCGGAGAUGUCAGCCAGAAGAAAUUCAGCAGUGAUAAGCGCAGUUACCUGGGCGCGUUGAAAUACAUGCCACACGCGGUGUUCAAGUUGCUGGAGAACAUGCCCAUGCCAUGGGAAAGUGCCAGGGAAGUGAAAGUCCUGUACCACGUCAAUGGAUGCUUGACGCUGGUCAACGAGAUCCCGCGAGUGAUUGAGCCGGUCUUCCAUGCUCAGUGGGCGACGAUGUGGGUAUGCAUGCGACGAGAGAAGAGCGACAGAAGACAUUUCAAGCGUAUGCGGUUCCCCCCUUUCGAUGACGAGGAACCACCUCUAUCCUGGUCGGAAAACAUCGAAGACGUCGAGCCUCUGGAGCCCGUGCAGAUGGAGUUGGAUGAGAACGAGGACGGACCGGUCUACGAGUGGUUCUACGAACACAGACCAUUGUUGGAUACGCCACAUGUCAAUGGGCCGAGCUACAAGAAGUGGAAUCUGUCACUGCCGCAGAUGGCGACGCUGUACAGAUUGUCCCAUCAGUUGCUCAGCGAUGUGGUUGACAAGAACUAUUUCUAUCUCUUUGAUCGAGAGAGUUUCUUCACUGCGAAGGCGCUGAAUGUGGCUAUUCCGGGAGGACCGCGUUUCGAACCUCUUUACAAGGACAUUGAUCCCAAUGACGAAGAUUUUGGUGAAUUCAACGCGAUCGACAGGAUCAUCUUCCGGGCACCCAUCAGAACUGAGUACAGAGUCGCCUUCCCCUAUCUCUACAACUCACUGCCACGAAGUGUGGAGAUUUCGUGGUACCAUCAUCCUCAAGUCGUCUAUGUCAGAUCGGAGGAUCCCAACCUGCCUGCCUUCUACUUCGAUCCCGUCAUCAACCCCAUCUCAUCAAGAUCUGUCGCUCCCAAGAACCUCACGGUCAGUCACGAAGACGAGAUCUUUGGCCCUGGUAACAUGGAAGACGACGAGUUCGAGCUUCCAGGGAAUGUCGAGCCUUUCCUUGCCGACGAAGAAUUGUACACAAGCGAGACGGCUUCCGCAAUUUCGCUCUGGUGGGCUCCCUACCCUUUCGACCGAAGAUCUGGCAAAAUGGUGCGCGCUCAAGAUGUUCCCCUGGUCAAGCAGUGGUAUCUAGAACACUGCCCGCCGGGCCAGCCGGUCAAAGUGCGAGUUUCAUACCAGAAACUGUUGAAGACCUUUGUCUUGAACGAGCUGCACAAGAAGAAACCAAAGCCCCAGAGCAAGCAGGAUCUCCUUCGCACAUUGAAGUCUACCAAGUUCUUUCAGCAGACCACCAUCGACUGGGUGGAGGCAGGGUUGCAAGUGUGUCGACAAGGCUUCAAUAUGCUGAAUCUGUUGAUUCAUCGAAAGAACCUGACAUAUCUGCAUCUUGACUACAAUUUCAAUCUCAAGCCUGUCAAGACGUUGACUACCAAGGAGCGGAAGAAAUCACGAUUCGGAAACGCUUUCCAUCUGAUGCGUGAGAUCUUGAGGCUUACCAAGCUCAUCGUUGACGCGCAGGUCCAGUAUCGACUGGGCAAUGUCGACGCUUUCCAACUCGCGGACGGCAUCAUGUAUGCUUUCAACCACGUUGGUCAGCUUACCGGCAUGUAUCGAUACAAGUACAAACUCAUGCACCAGAUCAGAUCGUGCAAAGAUCUCAAGCACUUGAUCUAUUACCGCUUCAACUCUGGUCCUGUCGGUAAGGGCCCGGGAUGUGGUUUCUGGGCUCCAGCUUGGCGAGUCUGGCUCUUCUUCAUGAGAGGCAUCAUCCCGUUGCUUGAGAGAUGGCUUGGAAAUCUUCUUUCAAGACAGUUCGAGGGUCGUCAUAGCAAGGGUGUUGCGAAGACGGUCACAAAGCAACGUGUCGAGUCGCAUUUCGAUCUCGAGCUGAGAGCCUCCGUCAUGGCAGACUUGAUGGACAUGAUGCCUGAGGGUAUCAGACAGAACAAGGUCAAUACUGUACUUCAGCAUCUGUCAGAAGCAUGGCGUUGCUGGAAGAGUAAUAUCCCUUGGAAGGUCCCUGGCUUGCCAGCACCGAUUGAGAACAUUAUUCUUCGAUACGUCAAGAGUAAGGCUGAUUGGUGGAUCUCGGUGGCACAUUAUAACCGAGAAAGAAUCCGGAGAGGAGCCACCGUCGACAAAACCGUUGCAAAGAAGAACCUUGGCCGGUUGACUAGGUUAUGGCUCAAGGCGGAACAAGAGCGGCAGCACAACUAUCUCAAGGAUGGUCCUUAUGUGUCUUCGGAAGAAGCCGUGGCUAUCUACACCACCACAGUGCACUGGCUGGAGUCUCGGAAAUUCUCUCCUAUUCCCUUCCCCAGUGUGUCUUACAAGCACGACACCAAGAUCUUGAUCCUGGCUCUCGAAAGAUUGCGGGAAGCCUACUCGGUCAAAGGUCGCCUUAACCAGAGUCAGCGAGAAGAGUUGGCGCUGAUCGAACAAGCCUACGAUUCUCCUGGAACUACUCUCGCCAGAAUCAAGCGUUUCCUGCUCACUCAACGAGCGUUCAAGGAGGUUGGAAUCGACAUGAACGACAACUAUAGUUCGAUCAACCCUGUGUAUGAUGUCGAACCGAUCGAAAAGAUCACCGACGCCUACCUUGAUCAGUACUUGUGGUACCAAGCAGACACUCGACAUCUCUUCCCGUCGUGGGUCAAGCCUUCUGACUCCGAGGUUCCGCCGUUGCUGGUAUACAAAUGGGCUCAAGGCAUCAACAACUUGACGAAUGUGUGGGAAACCGCUGACGGUGAAUGCAAUGUCAUGCUCGAGACGCAGCUUUCCAAGGUCUAUGAGAAGAUUGAUCUUACCCUGCUCAAUCGUCUCCUUCGACUCAUCAUGGACCACAAUUUGGCCGACUACAUUACGUCCAAGAACAACGUGCAGCUGAACUACAAAGAUAUGAACCACACCAACAGCUAUGGGUUGAUCAGAGGUCUUCAGUUCUCUGGUUUCGUCUUCCAGUACUAUGGACUCGUCAUCGACCUACUUCUGCUCGGAUUGCAACGUGCGAGCGAGCUUGCAGGGCCACCUCAGAGCCCCAACGAUUUCCUGCAGUUCCGAGAUCGUGAGACCGAAACUAAGCAUCCAAUUCGACUGUAUACGAGAUACAUCGACAAAAUCUGGGUGUUCUUCAGAUUCACCGCCGAGGAGUCGAAGGAUCUCAUCCAACGUUUCUUGACCGAGCAGCCCGAUCCGAACUUCGAGAAUGUCAUUGGCUACAAGAACAAGAAAUGCUGGCCUCGUGAUUCUCGGAUGAGACUGAUGAGACAUGAUGUCAACCUUGGUCGCGCAGUUUUCUGGGAUCUGAAGAACCGACUACCCCGUUCCAUCACCACCAUCGAAUGGGAUGACACUUUUGCAAGCGUGUAUUCGCGCAACAACCCCAACUUGUUGUUUUCGAUGUGUGGCUUCGAAGUCCGAAUCCUGCCGAAGAUUCGCACCCUGAACGACGAGUUCCCUAUCAAAGACAGUGUGUGGGACCUCGUCAACAACGAAACCAAGGAACGAACGGCCUACGCGUUCUUGCAGGUCACCGAAGAAGACAUCCAGAAGUUCAAUAACCGCAUCAGACAGAUCUUGAUGUCUUCUGGCUCCACCACCUUCACCAAGAUCGCCAACAAGUGGAAUACCGCUCUCAUUGCCCUCUUCACCUAUUAUCGAGAAGCCGCCGUCUCAACCAUCAAUCUCUUGGACACCAUUGUCAAAUGCGAGACCAAGAUCCAGACCCGUGUCAAGAUCGGCUUGAACUCGAAGAUGCCUUCCCGUUUCCCUCCCGCCGUGUUCUACACCCCCAAAGAGCUUGGUGGUCUGGGUAUGAUCUCCGGCUCGCACAUUCUUAUCCCGGCCAGUGAUAAACGAUGGUCCAAGCAGACCGAUACCGGCGUCACGCAUUAUCGUGCUGGUAUGACUCACGAUGAAGAGACGUUGAUCCCUUCGAUCUAUCGCUAUCUAGUGCCCUGGAGUAGUGAGUUUAUUGAUUCUCAGCGGGUAUGGACCGAAUAUUCUCAGAAGAGACUGGAAGCGAACCAACAAAACCGCCGGCUCACGCUUGAAGACCUUGAAGAUUCUUGGGAUCGAGGCCUGCCGCGUAUCAACACUCUGUUCCAGAAGGACAGAAGCACUUUGUCGUUCGAUAAAGGCUUCCGGGCUCGGACAGAGUUCAAACAAUACCAGUUAAUGAAGAGCAAUCCUUUCUGGUGGACAAGUCAGCGCCAUGAUGGCAAAUUAUGGAAUUUGAACGCCUACCGAACCGAUGUCAUUCAGGCCCUUGGUGGUGUGGAAACGAUUCUUGAACACACACUGUUCAAGGCAACGGCUUUCCCGUCGUGGGAAGGGCUCUUCUGGGAGAGAGCGAGCGGUUUUGAGGAGUCUAUGAAGUACAAGAAGCUCACGAAUGCUCAGCGUUCCGGUCUGAAUCAAAUUCCAAAUCGUCGGUUCACACUCUGGUGGUCUCCAACGAUAAACAGAGCAAACGUCUACGUCGGUUUUCAGGUUCAACUCGAUUUGACCGGCAUUUUCCUGCAUGGCAAGAUCCCCACUCUUAAGAUCUCAUUGAUCCAGAUCUUCAGAGCGCAUUUAUGGCAGAAGAUCCACGAGUCCGUAGUGAUGGACUUGUGUCAAGUUUUCGACCAAGAGCUUGAGCAAUUGGGUAUUGAGACUGUUCAGAAAGAAACCAUCCACCCUCGAAAAUCGUACAAGAUGAACAGUUCUUGUGCAGAUAUCCUGCUGUUUGCCAGCCACAAAUGGAAUGUCACUCGGCCAUCCCUCCUGUUUGACACCAAGGAUCAAAUCGAAGCCACCACAACGAACAAGUUCUGGGUCGAUGUGCAGCUCCGUUAUGGCGAUUACGAUUCUCACGACAUUGAGCGAUACGUUCGAGCCAAAUACCUCGACUAUACAACGGACAGUAUGAGCAUCUAUCCAUCCGCGACUGGUCUUAUGAUUGCCAUCGACCUUGCCUACAACCUCUACUCCGCAUACGGACAAUAUUUCCCAGGUCUGAAGGCUCUCAUUCAGCAGGCCAUGGCUAAGAUCAUGAAAGCCAAUCCCGCUCUCUAUGUGCUGCGUGAGCGUAUCAGAAAGGGUCUCCAACUGUAUGCUUCCGAGACAACUCAGGAGUUCUUGAACUCCCAGAACUACUCUGAGCUGUUCAGCAACCAGACCCAGCUGUUCAUUGAUGAUACCAACGUUUACCGCGUUACCAUCCACAAGACAUUCGAGGGCAACUUGACCACCAAACCAAUCAACGGAGCGGUGUUCAUCUUCAACCCGAAGACUGGACAACUGUUCUUGAAGAUCAUCCACACCAGUGUCUGGGCCGGUCAAAAGCGAUUGGGGCAAUUGGCCAAAUGGAAGACGGCUGAAGAAGUUGCUGCGCUGAUCAGAUCUCUACCGGUCGAAGAGCAGCCCAAGCAUUUGAUUGUGACUCGCAAAGGUCUUUUGGAUCCACUGGAAGUUCAUCUGCUGGACUUCCCCAACAUUUCCAUCAGAGCAUCGGAAUUGCAGCUUCCCUUCCAGGCCGCCAUGAAGGUCGAGAAGUUGGCAGACAUGAUCCUUCAGGCCAAGGAGCCACAGAUGGUACUGUUCAACCUGUACGACGAAUGGCUGAAGACCAUUUCAUCAUACACGGCCUUCUCCAGACUGAUCCUCAUUCUGCGUGCCUUACACGUCAACACGGACAAGACGAAGUUGAUUCUCCGGCCCGACAAGACUGUCAUCACCCAGCCACAUCACAUCUGGCCCAGUCUUUCGGACGAGGAUUGGAUCAAGGUCGAAGUUCAAUUGCGAGAUCUGAUCUUGAACGACUACGGGAAGAAGAACAACGUCAAUGUCCAGUCCUUGACUUCCAGCGAAGUACGAGACAUCAUCUUGGGUAUGGAGAUUUCGGCGCCUUCUCUCCAAAGACAGCAAGCGGCCGAGAUCGAAAAGCAGCAACAAGACCAACAGCAAAUGACCGCGGUGACGACCAAGACACAGAACGUCAGAGGAGAGGACAUCAUCGUCACGACCACCUCGCAGUACGAGCAACAAUCGUUUGCAUCCAAGACCGAAUGGCGUACACGGGCAAUCGCCACAUCCAACCUGCGGACCCGGGCCAACAACAUCUACAUUUCGAGCGACGACAUCCACGAGUCCGAGGAUUCAUACACGUAUGUUCUGCCCAAGAACAUCUUGAAGAAAUUCAUCACCAUCGCCGAUCUCCGGGUCCAAGUGGCCGGCUAUCUGUACGGUUCAUCGCCCCCGGACAACGACCAAGUCAAGGAGAUCCGCACCAUUGUCAUGGUGCCGCAAGUCGGCAGCACACGCGAAGUCCAGCUACCUCAUCAGCUCCCACAGCAUGAGUACCUCAAGUCCAUGGAGCCGUUGGGCAUCAUCCACACCGCGUCCGGGAACGAACCAUCGUACAUGACGCCCCAGGAUGUGACGACGCAUGCGCGCCUCAUGGCGCAACACCCGUCAUGGGACAAGAAGACGGUCACGCUCGUGGUGUCGUUCACGCCCGGCUCUGUGUCUCUGUCCGCCUGGUCCCUGACUCCAGCAGGCUACACGUGGGGCGCCAACAACAAGGACACACAGUCCGACAACCCGGCCGGCUUUUCGACCUCGUUCGGCGAGAAGACGCAGCUCCUGUUGUCGGACAAGGUGCGUGGCUUCUUCUUGGUGCCGGAGAACGAUAGCUGGAAUUACAGUUUCAUGGGUGCCAGCUUCGCCGCCGUCGAGAAGAGACCGGUCUACGUCAAGAUCGACACUCCUCGGCGGUUUUACGAUGACAAACAUCGUCCUAUCCAUUUCAGCAGUUUCAAUGAGUUGGAGGAUAUCUGGGCGGAUCGCGAGGAUGUGUUUGCUUAG